AAGUAGCAGCAGCAGAAGAAGAAGAAGAAGGCGAAGGAGCCGCCGAGCCAAAACAUUCAAAUUACAGUUAGAAUUGCGAUUAAAAUCAUUCUGGAUUCGCCCUCACAGGCGGGAGGAGAUCAGUCAGACUCAGAACUCUUCAGCUGAGUCGCGCAGAAACACCCAAAACAAAGAUGCCGAGCAAAAAGAAGAAAUAUAACGCCAGAUUUCCUCCGGCAAGGAUUAAGAAGAUCAUGCAGACAGAUGAAGAAAUAGGCAAAGUAGCUGCUGCAGUUCCUGUAAUAAUCUCACGGGCACUUGAGCUCUUUCUGGAGUCGCUCCUGACAAAAGCCUGUCAUGUUACUCAGUCACGGAACGCCAAAACUAUGACCACCUCACAUCUGAAACAGUGCAUCGAAUUGGAGCAGCAGUUUGAUUUCCUGAAGGACCUGGUGGCCGCAGUGCCGGACAUGCAGGGAGAGGGGGAUGAGAAUCAUGCUGAGGGAGCAGAGAAGAUCCCACGCAGAGGUCGUAAGCCUGGCUCAGGACGCAAGAACGGAGGAGCAGGUGCCAAAGGCAAAGACAAGAAACUAUCAGGCACGGAGUCUGAACAAGAGGAUGACUCUGAAGACAGUGAGACAGAUGGAGAGGAGGAGGAAAUUUCUCAACCCAACACAAAUCUCCAGGCACCAUCUCACUUCCCCAGCCAAGACAUGCCCCGUCAGUACGUGCCCAUGCCCAUGGGCACCCCUCAGGCUACUAUUUCUAUGCCCAUCAGCUCCUUUGUCCCCCACCCUUCAGUCAUGGGGGUUGUACCACCCCCUCCAGCCCCGGUGCCGCACAAGGAUGAAAACGACGACGAUGAAGACUACGACUCUUAGCUCCUUCCUCCUACCCUCGCCCACUAUUUUACAUUAAUUUUCUUAAGUUGUUCUUAUUUGGCUGCAAAACGCAAAACGGAUGGAAACUGAAGACAGAGACAAAACAGAGUAAACGUCCACUUACUAGUGAGAGAAAAGGGCGUUGGCAAGACUGCAGCCACAGUGCAAGAGGUAUAGGUUGUAUAUUAGCUGUCUGUUUUAAUUUUGUUUUAAAAAUUUCUUAUUUUAUUGUUGAGGAAAGAUUACAACAGGAGCAUUUAUCCAGG